AUGGCGUCCGUCUUUGCACUCGGAUAUCACGAAGAUUUGGACGCCAAGUCUGACACACCUCAGUUUCUCAUUCAACUACGCAAAGCCGCGUUUGCACGAAUCUACUCAGCAGACAAGAAUGGAUCGCUUUUUCUUGGUCGACCGCCGCGUCUGAGUAAGAGAUUCUCUUGUUUCCAACUUCCUGACAGCCGCCUGCCUCUGGAUUGUACUACAGCGACGCUUGAGCCGAUUGGUACUCGUGAAUGGGAGCCAGAGUCGGUUAUGAACUACAGAGCGGAGACUAGGUGGUCGGCUUUGUGUGCCUUUGUGAAAGAAGAGGUGAUGGAGCUUAUGUUUGACAACAAUCGCACUGACUGCCGGCAGAAGAUCAGAGCCUUACAGGAAAUGGCAGACUCGCAAUGGAACGCUCUGCCACCGCACUUCCGCCUAAGCACCAGCAUCAAACAACACAGCGACGUUCCGUUUGAACGCGACUUUGUGGCCAGCACACGUCUUAACUACUUGCACACAACGUUUCUUAUCCGCCGCCUGGCGCUGGAUCGUCUAUCUGAGCCGGCGGCGCCUCUUAUUGAAGUUUCGAUCGAGAUGCUCAAGCUUGCUGUCGAGGUUAUGGUUCUACGGGAGGAACUGUCAAAUUCGGGUACUAGGCUCACCUGGAAGAUUGCUCACUAUGGAUUGCCUGCUGCUGGUAUAAUCAUAAUGGCGAUGCUUAACCAGCACCACACACCACAGUGCCUACGAAUUUCCAGGUCCAGGGUUCUCCAGGACCUCGCAGUUCUCGUGGCCGAAGUUGAGAGAGGCACGGUGGUCAAGGCAGAAGACCCCAAUUACGCCAUUCUAUCAAAAGCCACGCAAACUAUCCAGCGAUUUCUCGACUUUAUCCACAGUGAGCAAGCCAUAGAGGCAGCCCCGCCGCAGUUAUCGGAGCAGCUGCAUCCUGACGCUCCGUGGGGGCAGCAGUUGGGGCAAGAUUUGGAGUCUGAGUUUUCAUUCUGGCAGGGCAUUGCAGACCAUCCAUCCUUGUACAGUCAGUAUCUUUUGCCGUCAAAUGAACUACCUGGGGAGCCCCCCAACAUGCCUUAG